CGUGACUGGUACUAACAAAAGUCGAAUCAGUUUUGAAGCGCACCUCAGUUCGUGGCGGUACUUUUUGAAAAUAAAAACUUCUUUUAUCUGCUGCUCGAUUUAGUGAUAGUGAUCUGAGGAAUCCGCAAUAAAUUGUGCUCGGAGAAUAGCCAUUAGAAUGCCCGUAAAUAGAGAUCGAAGAAGCAAUUCAGUUGCAUUUGUUGAUAUCAAUGAAACGCGAAGGAAUUCAGCUGAUCCUGGUGAUAAUCGUAGAGGAUCAGAACCUUUCGCGUAUGACAAUCCAACGCUUGUAGCCUCAUCAAGUAACUUGCAUGAUAACUUUAAUGGAUAUAUUGCUCAAAGGACUCACAUGGCUGGCAGCAACAAUUUUACAGAGAUAGACGAUACUCAUCCAUCUCAUACACCGUACUCGCACAAAAUAAAAGCAGUUUGCUCUCUGGCAAAGAAGAAACUGAACGGAGUAUGGACAAAGAAAACGUUAUACAAAAGAUUCCCAAUCUUAAGAUGGAUACCUCCAUACAAGACAGACGAUGCUAUAGGAGAUCUUUUGGCUGGCGUCACCGUUGGUCUCACAGUGAUACCUCAAGCUCUAGCUUAUGCAAAUAUAGCUGGUUUACCCACGCAAUAUGGUCUUUAUGGUUCUUUUCUGGGUUGCUUACUUUAUAUAUUUCUGGGAAGCUGUAAGGAUGUUCCUGUAGGACCGACCGCCGUGGCAGCUUUGUUAACAUUCCAAUCAUUAGGAGGAAAAGGAAUCGAACAUGCAAUCCUGUUAUGUUUUUUAACUGGUGUUGUUCAGAUAUUGAUGGGAUUAUUUGGAUUAGGUUUUUUGAUUGACUUUGUAUCUGGACCGGUAUCCUCAGGGUUUACAUCUGCGGCUGCACUCAUUAUUGUUACAUCGCAAAUGAAAGAUCUUCUGGGGAUUGAAGCGUCAGGAAACACGUUUGUGGAUACGUGGAAGAGUCUGUUCCAUGAUAUCCAUCAUGUUCGGCUGUGGGACACUAUUUUAGGAGUUAUAUGCAUUGUCAUAUUGUUAUUAUUGAGGAUGGUGGCCCAAAUAAACAUAGGAAGAACCGAAGCACCCACCAAGUCUGACCGGAUCAUAUGGGUGUUCGGUACAUCCCGAAAUGCAAUUCUAGUGGCUCUGUGCGGAAUAAUUGGAUACAUGUUUUGCCGAAAUGGUGAGCCACCAUUUCUUGUAAUUGGAACCGUACCACAAGGAUUGCCUGAUUUCAAACUACCUCCAUUUGGAUUCUCCAAGGAAAUCAAUGGUACCACCGUUGUAACUACGUUUGUCCAAAUGAUUUCAGACUUAGGAAGCGGAAUAAUUGUAGUGCCGUUAGUGGGAAUUUUGGAAAAUAUUUCGAUUUGCAAAGCUUUUGCAAACGGAAAGCCAAUUGACCCAACACAGGAAUUGAUAGCAAUUGGCACAGCCAAUCUUUUGAACUCGUUUGUACAAAGUUUUCCUGGAACUGGAUCGCUUUCCAGAAGCGCCGUAAAUAAUGCCAGUGGCGUGAGGACGCCUCUAGGCGGGCUCUAUACUGGAGUACUUGUAAUUUUGGCUCUUCUCUUCUUCACCCCCUACUUUUACUACAUUCCCAAAGCAACAUUGGCUGCAGUAAUAAUAGCAGCUGUUGUAUUUAUGGUGGAAGUUAAAGUUGUUAAGCCAAUGUGGCGCUCAAAGAAAAGCGAUUUCUUCUUGGGGAUUGUCACAUUCGUGUCCUGUUUAGUUCUACCUCUGGAGCAAGGUAUUCUAAUUGGUAUUGGAAUUAAUUUGGUUUACGUACUAUAUCACGCAGCUAGGCCGAAGAUCAGUGUCGAAAAACUAUUUUCACGAGGAGGAACUGAGUAUUUGCUGCUAACUCCCGAUCGAUGCUUGAUAUUCCCAUCAACAGACUAUGUUCGUAAUUUGGUGACCAAACACUCAAUUCGUCAGGGUAUUCCAGUAGUAAUUGAUUGUUCACAUAUUUAUGGUGCUGACUAUACAGCUGCUACAGUCAUAGAAAGUAUUACUUCAGAUUUUGCGUCAAGAGAUCAACCACUUCUGUUCUACAAUCUGAAACCUUCGGUGAGUUCUGUUUUCGAAGGACUUAGCCCGAAGGAUUUUGUGGUUUUCUAUAAUCACGAUGAAGUUGACGAAUUAUUGAAGAACCGAUCCUGCAUUAAGAAACAAAUGGAAAUAAUGGAUUAAUGAUUUGACUAUUAAAUUUAUUAUAGUCGGAACUAUUCAAUGCAAUCCUUAGUAGCGUAAAAUGUUGGAAAAGAAGCACAUUUUGAAAGUUUCUAAUAAAGUAAAGUGUUACUAAAUAUUAUUUGUAAGUGAAGAAUCGCAACAACAAAAAAAUUAGAAGUAGAAAACAGUUAUUUAUUACUACAAUAAUAUCUAAUAAGGACAUCUUUAAACGUUGAAUUUUCGUUACACAUUCAUAGUAUACAGGGUGUAGCAGUAUAUACAUAAUUUUAUAAUCGAUAGAUUUUAAAUCGGGUGCUGGGGAAGACAAAAUAUAGAUCCGUAAGCACUUCAGUAUCAAACUACAGGCCGUUGAAGCUGCAUAAAAGUUUUGGUUGCAUAGUUCUAAAUAUGUUUUACGAGUUUUAUGAGAGCUUCUGCACAAAAUUAUAUAAGCCAAAUUUCUGAAUAAAAUUAACAUUUUUCGUUAAAAGUCCGAUAAAAAUCAUUUAAGAAGAUUAAUAGUUUUAUCAAUUUCACGAAUCAUCCUUCUCUUCUUGUUCACACAGUGGCAGAAUCACAUUCUUUCGCUAAAUAAGAUAAACUAGUUAAUUUUGGAAAGGAGUUCAGAGGAAGUAAGUUAUUUCGAAACAUGCGAGUAUGAACAUUUUCUUUUAAAAGGCUAUGAAAAAUAUUGCGUUCACGACUAAUCUCAUUUAAAAUAAGAACCGUUUUUAAUAGUUCCUUAACUUAAUAGAACACAUUUUUAUGCCCGUUUUAUUAACGUUUUUCUACGAAUAGUUUGUUUCGCAUUUUUGACGUUUUUUCUAGGCAAAAGUAAAUCUAGGCAAAAGGUCUAGGCAAAAGUAAAAAUUUUUUCAUUCGGUUUAUAGCUCAGCAAGAAUCUAUUUUAAGUGUAUCGAUUAUAAACCAAAUGUUUGGGUAUGUUUCUCGGAUCGGAUAAGAUCACACUUAUUAUAACAUAUAUUAUUUUAAUUGUUUCCUUAUCUUAAUCAUUUUAUAAUUACGAUUAUUGUGUUUUUUAGUGCUUAUUUAUAUUUUUAAAUAUUCAAUGAUCUGUGAUAUUGGGGUUUACAGCCUCGUUUAAGAUAGAUAUUUUUAUCAGUAGUUGAUCAAUAGAACAUUGUAAAUAGAG